AUGAGUAAGAACAUUGUUGUCCUGCCAGGUGACCACGUCGGUCAGGAAAUUACCGAGGAAGCCAUCAAGGUGUUGAAAGCGAUCUCCGAGAUCCGUCCAAAUGCCAAGUUCAAUUUCCAGCACCACUUGAUCGGUGGCGCUGCGAUCGACGCUACUGGUGUCCCACUGCCAGAUGAAGCUCUCGAAGCUUCCAAGAAGGCGGACGCUGUGCUGCUGGGUGCCGUUGGGGGGCCUAAAUGGGGUACGGGAGCCGUCAGACCAGAACAGGGUUUGUUGAAGAUCCGCAAGGAAUUGCAAUUGUACGCGAAUCUGAGACCUUGCAAUUUCGCUUCUGAUUCCUUGCUGGACUUGUCUCCUUUGAAGGCGCAAUACGCAAAAGGUACCGAUUUCGUCGUUGUCAGAGAGUUGGUCGGUGGUAUCUAUUUCGGUGAGAGAAAGGAGGAUGAAGGUGAUGGUGUCGCUUGGGAUAGCGAGAAAUAUUCUGUGCCAGAAGUUCAGAGAAUCACCAGGAUGGCCGCUUUCUUGGCUUUGCAACAUGAGCCACCUCUGCCAAUCUGGUCGCUCGACAAGGCUAACGUCUUGGCAUCUUCCAGAUUGUGGAGAAAGACUGUCGAACAAACGAUCAAGGACGAGUUCCCAACCUUGACGGUCAACCAUCAGUUAAUCGAUUCCGCUGCCAUGAUCUUAGUCAAGAACCCAACUCAGUUGAACGGUGUCAUCAUAACCAGUAACAUGUUCGGUGACAUUAUCUCCGAUGAAGCUUCUGUCAUCCCCGGCUCCUUGGGUCUACUUCCAUCUGCGUCUUUGGCUUCCCUACCAGAUACAAACACUGCAUUCGGUCUGUACGAGCCUUGUCACGGUUCUGCACCCGACUUGCCAAAGGGUAAGGUAAACCCAAUUGCUACGAUCCUCUCUGCGGCCAUGAUGUUGAAGCUUUCUUUGAACAUGGUUGAAGAAGGUGUCGCCAUUGAAAAGGCUGUUAAGAAGGUUCUUGACGAAGGCAUCAGAACUGCUGAUCUAGGCGGCUCCAAUAGUACCGCUGAGGUCGGCGAUGCUGUAGCCCAGGCCGUCAAGGAAAUCUUAGCAUGA